UGUGGCCAACCAGUCGUCCAGUGGCGACCGAAUGGAGUUCGUGAUCGAUUCAUUAUGGUCGUCGCGUUCGUCAUCGGCUACGCAGAAAAACGGGAACCGGAAAAUUGUCUAACAUUGUCCAUCAGAUGCUAAUUGAUAGUGAGUAUACACAUCUAAUCGAUUUGGCGAAAGAUGCUCAGUGGAUUGACUAAUAUGACGAAAUUAGGGUUGUGCGUAUCGGAACCGGAUUGUAUGCUAAUGAGGUGUUAAUUUUCCACCUGGUGAUAAAAAGUGCAUAGUUGGGGUGCAUCUUUAGAUUCCAGAAAUCAUUAAAUUUUCAUCCAAAGUAGUAAAACGGACUUACCAAGGGAAGUGUUUGUGGAUCUUUGUUAGAACAAAUCAGUGUCGAGCGGAAAAUGCCAUUGAAAAGUAGUUUAAAAAUCGAUCGCAUUCCAAGGACACCAAUUGCAGUGCGGUUCCGAGCGCCGAGCGCGGCUGGCAGCGGAUUUGGAGCGACGAAGAAAAUCCUUUCGGGUGUUGGUUUGCUGCAGGAGCAAAUAGAGAUUGACACGUGCACCAUAGUAGGCCAGCUCAGUAUCGCCGCCGCCUGCUGCUACUGGCAGCGCCAAUAGCGCUUAGUGCGAAACACAUUCCUGCCUAAAAAGCCACAAUGCUGCGUAUCAGUCCUAACUUCGCCCUAAUAAGCUCAAGCUGGCGAAUCUCGUCGGUUUGUUGAACAGUUCUUGCCAGAUCAACCAGAUGACGAACGAAGUCAAUCGUAAGACAUCGAUCAACGCCCUCGUCGCUUACAGUAUUGUAACUGGGUGACACUCCAAUCUGCUAUCUGCUGUUGUCGCCACCGCAACUUCCACUCCUGGGAAGGAUUCACCGGGACACGCUUUUGAGAUAAAUCUCAGUAUUUUGUAAAGAAGUAUAACCGGUACAUAAGCAUUACCAAACGCAAUCAUGGACGAGAAAGGAAUCAAAUUUCUGCCCACCACUACUAAACCGAGACCAAGGAUGCCAAAAGUUGGAUGGAGGCGAUCUGUAUCAGAUCGCAUCCCGGCCAGACUGGUGCUCUACUUCCUGUCGUGGUCCGGUUUUCUCGUUUCGUUCAUGAUGCGCAACGAUAUCAACUUCGCCCUGGUGGCCAUGGUACGCGACAGCUCGUCCAACUCGUCGAUCAACAGCCACUGUGCGCCCUCCAGUAUGGCUCUGGCAGGAACAUCACCGCUGGUACCGGUGGUGGCCAAUGGAAACUUUUCCGAUCUGUUGCUGAGCAAUUUCUCCGCAUCUGCCGACGAUAUGGGAGACCUGAUGGGAGACGUGGUGGUGGAAACAACAUCAUCCAAGCACAACGAGAAUCUGUAUGGGAACUUUGACUGGGACUCGACGGUACAGGCCGUCAUCAAGGGUUCGUUCUAUUGGUGCUACGUGCUGUCGCAGGUAGCCGGCGGUGUGGCCACUCAAUACUUUGGCACCAAGAGCGUGUUUGGCUGGAGCCAAUUCUUCACGGCUGCCUGCAGCUUAUGCAUUCCGUACGCUUCGGAUAUUCAUUACGGAGUGGUUAUUUUGUUACGGUCGAUCCAAGGCUUCGCCAGUGGGUUGACCUGGCCUGCGAUGUACGCCAUCGUGGGAUAUUGGAUACCGCCAGUCGAACGAAGUCGAUUCAUGUCCAGUUUUCAAGGGUUCAGUAUCGGCAUAGGAUUGACGUACCCGUUGUGUGGAUUCAUCAUUGCGCACUUUGGCUGGAGAUUGGUGUUCUACACUACCGGGACGAUUGGAAUGGUUUGGUGCCUGUUUUGGUAUUUGCUAGCCUUCAAUACUCCUCAAGAGCAUCCGCGGAUAACGCCUGAAGAGCUGGAAUACAUAGAAUUGAACGUGAGCGAAGAUAUCAAAAAUGGUCAAGGCAUGAAGGUACCAUGGAAGAAGAUAUUCACAUCGAUGCCGGUGUACGCCAUUGGAUUGACCACUUUCGGCAGAAUUUGGGUUCAUUACACGUUCAUAAUGUCCGGACCGGAGUACAUGCAGAAGAUUCUUUGCUUCGACAUCCAGCAAAAUGGACUUCUUAGCGGAACGCCAUUCUUGUGUUCUUACCUUUCUUCGGUGCUUUUCUGCUACAUUGCCGACAUUCUGGUUCACAAACAGCUGAUGACGUUGACCAACGUGCGGAAACUGUUCACUGCCCUCUCGCAGAUCGUUCCGGGGGUUUUGGUGCUGCUGGUUGGUUACCUCGGGUACAACAUCGUGAUUGUGCUGGUGCUGUGGUUCGUUGCCGUAACGUUCAUCACGGCCUCGUAUGCCGGCGCCAUGGCGAACAUCGUGGACAUCGCACCGAAUCUGGCCGGACCCGUGCUGGCAUUUGCGCAGACCAUACACAUGACGGCGUCGUUCCUGCAACCCCUCGUGACCGGAGUUAUGGUGACCGAUGCCCAAAAUCUCAACCAAUGGCUGCACGUGUUCGGCGUUAGCUCGGCGGUGGCCAUCAGCUGCUACCUGGUGUUCCAGUUCUUCGGCACGGCCGAAAUCCAACCCUGGAACUAUCCGGUGCCGGAUCCGGAGGUCUGUUCAACGGACGAUUCGGCGGUGAUCGCGAACCAACCGAUGCUCAAAGUAUCGUCGGUAAGCGGCGCCGGGUACAAAUACAACCGCGAAGACGACGACGAGAACGAUAGCAGUGAUAAUUAAAGUUAAAUACGUUAGGCUAGGAUAGUUUCGGACUGUAUAGAGGUUUUUGAUCGACACAGAGAUCGCUAAAAGAAAAGUGAUAAAGAGAUUAGUGCAGGAUAUUCGUUUGGGAUGUUGAAUGAAAAGCCUAUCGUUCGUUGAACGGGCAAGAGUGUUGCGAGAUGAGGUAUUAUGGGAGAUUCAGAAUGGUUGAGUUGCGUUACCACGAACCAUUAUUAAUGGUAAUGAAACUUUACCAUGCACAAAGAAUCAGCAGUUUUUAGAUAAGGCAAGCGGAUCGAAACAGACUAGGUGAAGAAAAAUACAGUGCACUUUUCAAAGCUAGAAUUUAAGAAAUGUUAUGAACUUUGGUAAGGCCGCAGCAAUGCACAGCGUAAUAGUUAUUUGAAGCAGAAUUCCAACAAUUAACAACUAAGUUAAACACAGAUGAAACAAUAUAUCCAUCGUAGGACGGCUAACGAUUGCAUGCACAGUUACUUAAAGACACACGGUGAGGUGGUUUGUUCGGAGUAGAGGAGUAUUGCGCGUUUUCGCUCUUUUUUAAUAAAGUUUUGACCUCUGUUAUUGAGUUAUUGCGAGAAAAUGCUAAAAUCCCAAUCAACUGAAUCAAAUGGAGAAAUGUGCAAGUCUAUAAUACUUACAAUCAGAUGUAACAAAUAACGAUUCAUUUUUCAUUCACAAAGCAUGAUCGUGCAAAAGGAACCAAAGCGAUUUGAUGUAACUGCGAAGAUAAGCGUUUUUGAUCAAGAUCCUCGUCCUCGGUACAAGUAUUUAUCACGUAACGUGCAGUUAAUACAAAAUAAGAACAGUUAGAAGUUACAAGAUGUAGAUUUAUGAUUUUUACAGAAAGUGUUGUAUCCAACGUGGCUUGCCGAGUUGGACAAUUACGACAAGUGCUGUAAAAAUCGAGUUCUGCAACGAGUUGCGUACAACAUUUUUUGCAAUUUCGGAAAAGGCCACUUGAUGGUAUAAGAAAUCACAUCGGGAUGCGUUCAACUUCAUUUCAAAAUAUCUGAAAAUUGUUGUAUAAUGAUUUAUUACACAACUUAAAACAGUUGCGCAAUGAAAGCUAAUUGCGUAAUAGUCAUUACGCAACUGAUUUCAGAAGAUAAUUCCUACUGAUUUAACAAAAAAGAUUGAUGAUAGAUUCUUAUUUUACUUGAGUUUAUUUCUAUUUCAGCUUAUUUGUCGAAGCCCACAAGUUUUGAAUUUUGCGCGAAAAUGAGCAAAGCAUCUUUUGUUUACUGCCCAGUUUGUCCCUUAGUAGACGUAAGCGCCAACAUGGACAAAAUUAAGUUUUUAAUUACUAUGCAUUCUUUAUAAAUGCGAAAAUAUACCAGAAGUGAUUUCGCAUGAGAACGCACACCAAUUUUUCUGAACGUAGUUUUGUCUCGAGGGUUUUUAGAAAGUCUAGCUGGAAAAUAAGCUUGCUUAAACAAUGACUGCUUGUUGACGUCACUUGACAAUAACGUCAGUUCAUACAUACAAAUGAAAGAACAAUCCCUGUUUGGUCAGAAAAGUUGGUGCAUGCGUUUUCAGAUGAAAAAAAAUACGUAAUGAAUCAUAAUUUUUCCUGGUCCACUUUACGUAAUUACGUCAUCUAUGCAAAUAUGGGCAGUUUACUGUGGACAAACAUCAAAGAAAGAGAAGCGCCGUGUACAUAUUAUUCUAUAUUUCCACAUGUGAAGCAAAACGUUUAUUGAUUGUUCUAGAAACUAUAGACAAAAAAUGAGGAACAAUGUGUAGCACUCACAUACUCACCUAACCAAGCGAAACAGUUAUUAAAGUACAUAUAAUGUUAUUUAGGUUUCUAGUUUUACCGGAUCUCACUCUUAUAGAUACUUGCAGAGAUAUAAAUGAUAAAACCGAUGAUUAAAGAAAUAAAUUUUGUAAUAAACACGUUUGCGCCUGUAACCACAGUGUAUAACAGAA